ACACUGAGCCUCAAACGGUGCGCCACGCCUUCAUGCAAGGCUGCGGGCUGUUGUUGUGCCACCGCCUCAUUGUUUACUUUGAUAACGCAACACCAAGACUCCUCAACAUCGAGAACUACAACGCUUAUUGCUUUUCUCCGGGCCACAAUCUACUCCGAUUGAAUACCGCGAAAUAGGUGAUUUACUCCUAUUUGUAUAAUUACCUGUAACAUUCCGUCACCUAAACAACUUGCCUCGAUCUGCGACAGAGCGGCCCAGCAACAUGUCGUCGCCGAUCAAAGCUUCCCACAUCGGGUUCAGCACUCCUCCCCAACGAAACUCUCCCUUUCAACGCCGUGCCGAGUCCCCAGCCUCACCAUCCCCUCUUCGUCACGCUACUCCGGGGACAGGAUCACCGACCAAGAACGGUCCUUCGCGGUUUGCGCGAGCAGAAACUCCCAUUACCUCGACGGAAACCAGCUGGACACCACGAGGGCAAACUCCAGCAACGCCAACACGAGACAUUAUGCAAUCGCCAUUACGGCCUGUCGCGUUGCGCGCACCGGCACCAGCACCCAGUAGGGGUGAUCAUGGACACGCCCUAUCAAAGCUUCAACCGACCCAGGUCAGAACUCUGCGGGAUGGCUUUCAGAUUCUAGAUCGCGACUGCGAUGGUGUGGUGAAUCGGGAGGACGUGGCAGACAUGCUGAACCAGCUCGGCCUUCCGUCAAGCCCAUCGCAUGUCGCGCAGUUCUUCCCCCCAUCGCAACCACAGACCAUAGCCCUCGCAGCCUUUUUAAACUCGCUGGCUGAGAUCCUGGCCGACCUUUCACCCAGCGCCGAGCUACUGUCCGCCUUUUCAGCCUUUGACGACGACGACAGUGGACAGGUCGACAUUGCGGAACUGCGAGAUGCGCUGAUCAACACUGCGCCGGAGCCUGGUGAGCAUGCGCUUGCACUUUCGGCUGCCGAGGUGGACAAGGUUAUGGAUGGCUUUACCGGGCGGCGUGCGUUCAACCGGAACAUGAGUGCACAGCUCGGCGCGAAGAGGGGAGAAGUCUUCAAAUACCAGGACUUUGUGAAUUCCGUCAUGGGUGCGAAUGGAGGGGCGGAGGGACCCUCGCGAGAGGCGUCAGAGGCCUGAAGCUAUGGCACUAUUUUGGCUGAGAAUUGUGGUCAAGCGGAAUGAAUGCACAUGCACAAUACAAUGUAAUGAGAAACAAGAUGCACGACUAUCUGUACAAGACUUGAGAGAUUCUGUAUAACGACACAAGUCACAUAAUAAUGUCCAGCAUGGGUCCUAUUAAUAAUGAUAGAUUGCCUGCCAGGGUUUGAAAUAGCUGCGCAGCUUGGCGGAGGUGGGCAAUCAGAGCAGCUCAGCAGACUCAGCAGACUCGCGCGCCAACGAAGACUUUUGCAGAGGACUUCGUUAACAGAGUCUGUCAACGCAACGCAAAGUAGCGAACGAGAUAUUGAAGGCGUAUCUCUAUAUACCUGUAGUCAACUUUCUUCACGCGCAUUUGGCAAUGCUCCAGCACCCGGCGCCGGGACGUGAGACGGACG